CCCCUUCCCCCCACCUCUCUCUCUCUCUGAGCUUUUGCUUAGCUUUUCUUGACCAAACUUAUUCUCCUUCUCUCUCACCCAACUCUUCCCAAUUAGCUCAAAUGCUAAAUGCAAUCAUUUUGAGCCCACAUUCAAUCAUUCUCCAACCUCUCUUGUGUUUGCCACAAAACCUUGCUUUAUAUUAACACCAAAAUAAAGCAGGACCCCCCCAAGCCUUUCAACAAGUUUAGACCUUUAACUGCUGAACCAUCAGUUUUAAGCCCUCAACUUUGUUGGAUUUUAGCCUCUUUUAUUUAUUUGUUUGUUUGUUUCUCCAUGGAGAACGAGUUCUUUCAAAAUGCAGGAAUGCAUUUUGAAUCCUCAGCUUCAAUGUCAUCCAUUUGGCAUUCUCUUUCAUCAUCGGCCAUGGAAACUCGAGGGACCGACCUGAAUUGCAUGUCCGACCAAUCCCCAGAUUGCCUUCGGAAUCCCAGCUGGGAAAAGUCCACGGAUCAUGGCAUACACUUUGAUUCAGCCCUGAGUUCAAUUGUGUCCUCCCCUGCAGCGUCGAAUACCAACUUGUCCCAUGACAGCUUUGUGAUCAGGGAGUUGAUUGGAAAGCUGGGAAACAUUGGCAACUCCGGUGACAUCUCGCCGCAUUCUCGGCCAUUUUUGGCUUCUUACAUUGGUGGAAAUAACAGUGCCAACACUUCUUGUUAUAGUACACCUCUGAAUUCUCCUCCUAAGCCAAACGUGCCUAGGAUGGAUCACCUGAUAAAAGAAAACUUACCCAGUUUGGGAAAAUCAAUGCCUUUGAAUUCCAGUGUGGCAGAAUUCUCUGCUGAUCCUGGGUUUGCAGAGAGGGCGGCCAAGUUCUCCCGCUUUGCCAGCCGGAGUUUCAAUGAUCGGACGAGCCAAUUCGGACUAAACAACGCUGAAGCACUUUAUAGAUCGAAUCUAUUAGUGGAAACUGAGAGCCUCUCCCGAGUUUCAAGCAGUCCUUCUCUGAAAGCAGUCGGAUCUCAAAUGCGUGGCCAGGAAAACUACAGUUCUCCAAUGCAGGAUCGAACUGAACUGGCGUGUUCUCAAGAGGAAUCCACAAUCUCUGAACAAAUUCCAGACGUGGAGACGGGGUUGAAAGGCUCCAAUGAUUUGAAUCCCAGGAAAAGAAAAACCGCUUCCAAGGGGAAAGCAAAGGAGCCGAAAUCAUCACCAUUUGCCAAUAGUACAAAGGUGGCUGAAGCUAAUGGUAAUUCGAAUGCGAAGCGAUGCAAGCCGAAUGAGGCUAAUGGAAAGGAAAAUGGCCCUGUUAAAGCAGAGGAGGAAGCCAAAGGCAGUACUAGCAGUUCAGGGGAUGAGAAACAGAGCAAAACUAACACAAAGCCUCCUGAGCCUCCCAAGGACUACAUUCAUGUCAGAGCAAGAAGGGGUCAGGCUACUGACAGCCAUAGUCUCGCCGAAAGGGUCCGAAGAGAGAAGAUUAGCGAAAGGAUGAAGUUUCUGCAAGAUCUUGUACCUGGUUGCAAUAAGGUAACAGGAAAAGCACUUAUGCUCGACGAAAUUAUAAACUACGUCCAAUCGUUGCAACGUCAAGUCGAGUUCCUCUCCAUGAAAUUGUCUUCUGUCAAUACCAGGCUGGAUUUGAACAUGGAUACUCUGAUAUCUAAAGAUAUAUUUCAAUCAAACAACCCUUUGCCACACGCAAUAUUCCGAUUAGAUUCCAGAGCAUCUGCUUUUUAUGCUCACCAGGCCCAGCAAGAUCCAGCACUGCAUAGCAACAUAUCUAAUGGGACAGCGACCCAAUGCUCAGUGUACCCCUUAGAUACUGCACUAUGCCAAAGUCUCAGCGUGCCAUUACCUCCACUGAAUGGAUAUAGGGAGAGCGUUUCUCAAUUUCCAAUGUUCGGUGAAGAUGACCUGCAAACCAUUGUACAGAUGGGUUUUGGUCAAAAUCCUAGCCAGGAAUCAGCAAUGCAGCCAUAAAGAUUCCGUGGUUAGGAAAAAAUAAUGGGGAAAUCAAGUUUUGCUUGGAAAUGAGUUUAAUAACAGCAAAGUUGUGAUCCAAGAUAAGUAUUGAUAUCAUCCAAGCUCAGAUCAAGCAUCAUAUGUAUAAUCUGAGCUCUGAUUGCACCACUCAUCAAUUCAAGGCCCCGAGAUUCGAAGAGGCUGCUGUAUAUACAAAGAUAUUUAUUUCAGACCAUUACAUGAACUACUGAACCAUUCAUCUUUAGGUCAAAUGAAGUGAACUUUUUUUUUUUUUUUUUCCCCUCUGUUUUCUUUUCGAUUUUCAUGUCAAUGUGAUUUUGUUGUCUUAUUUUCCUGGAUAAGUUUUUUUUCUUUAGAAGUAUCCAGUGUAAAAUCCCAUAACCAAUUCUGUCUUUUGGUGCAAAAGUCAUACAGCACCAUAUGUAAGAUAUUAAUUACAGUGCUAAUUAGAGGAAAGGUUUUCU